AAAUGGAAAUAGAUGAAAAUUUUAAUCCUUUUCUAUCAGCAACAAUAAUACAAACUGAAGCAAACACAAAUCAUUUCCAAGCUCCACAAAGAAUCUUAACAGAAUAUUCUUCACAAAUUACAUUACAACAAAAUAUUCAACCUUGA